ACGCCGAGGGACGGCGAGACAACGCACUCGCCGUGGACUGUGGUGCCGCCGCGCUGCCCGUCUCCCCUCCUCGCCGUCCACGCCCCCGCUCUCUCCAGUAGACUGCGACGGCGAAGCUUCCAGAAACCCCGGCCUAGGGUUUCUCCGGACCCGCCAUCCGUGAUGGGGCCUCCCGUCUUCCUCGGCCUCCUCCUCCUCCUGGCGGCCGCCGCGACCGUGUCGUCGGCCCCGCGGCGGGAGGCGUUCCGCCGUGACCCCGGGCACCCGCACUGGCACCACGGGGCCUUCCACGACGUCGAGGAGAGCAUCCGCGCAGACGUCCGCCGCAUGCUCCACACCCGCGCAGAGGUUCCGUUUCAAGUGCCUCUCGAGGUUAAUGUUGUUCUUAUUGGUUUCAAUGGCGAUGGAGGGUAUAGAUACUCUUUGGAUGGGCACAAGCUUGAAGAAUUCCUAAAAAUGGGUUUCCCACUUCACAGGCCCUCUUGCUUCGAGACAGGGGAGCCAAUUGAUAUCGAGCAUCAUAUUAUGUACAAUGUUAUAGCGGCUGGACAACCAGAGCUGAUUUCUCUUGAGAAGUCACUAAAGGAGGCAAUGCAACCUGCAGGAACUGCGAGAGAUAGCGAAUAUGGCAGGGAAUUGCCUCUGUAUGAGGUAGAAGCGACUACAGUGGAGCCGAUAUUUCAGAGGCUAUACUCAUUCAUUUUUGACAUGGAGCCUGGUUAUCCUGCAAAUGAGAUGGAUAGGCCUGUUCCUGUUGCAAUAUUUGUUGUUAAUUUUGAUAAGGUUAGAAUGGAUCCUCGAAACAAAGAAAAUAAUCUUGAUAGUUUAAUGUAUGGUACAAUUGGUGGACUAACAGAACAAGAGCUAAAAAAACAAGAAGCAGAAUACAUCUACCGCUACCGUUACAAUGGUGGUGGAGCAACUCAAGUUUGGCUGAGUUCUGGAAGAUUUGUUGUAAUAGAUAUUUCAGCGGGCCCUUGUACAUAUGGGAAAAUAGAAACCGAAGAAGGCAGUGUCAGUUAUAGAUCAAUGCCACGACUAUCACAAAUAAUCUUUCCAAGAGGUCUUGCUGCCCCAAGUGCUAGUUCAACACAAGAUAUUUUCAUUGGGCAGCUUGGAGGUUUAAUUUCAACUACCAUUGAGCAUGUGAUAGCUCCUGAUAUAAGAUUUGAAACUGUUGACAUGGCAGUGAGGUUGCUUAUACCUAUUAUAGUGCUACAGAACCACAAUAGGUACAACAUUCUUCAAGAAGGUCAUAACUACAGUAUUGACGUUCAAGCUAUAGAAAGGGAGGUUAAAAAGAUGGUCCACCCUGGGCAGGAAGUAAUAAUAAUUUCUGGUUCGCAUGCGCUGCACCAGCACGAAAAAUUAGCUGUUGCAGUUUCGAAAGCAACGCGUAGCCAUUCUCUUCAUGAAACAAAGAGUGAUGGUCGGUUUCAUGUCCGUACCAAAACAUACUUGGAUGGAGCAAUACUUAAAGAGGAAAUGGAGCGCUCUGCGGAUGUGCUGUCUGCUGGUUUAUUAGAAGUUGCAAACCCUUCUCUCUCAAGUAGAUUCUUCCUGAAGCAGCAUUGGACUGAUGGAGAAGAUGAUGUAAAAGAUUCUAUUAAGCACAGGCCCCUGUGGGAAUCUUACAUGCCCAGAAAUAAGAAAGAAAGGAGAGGCCUUGGAAAGAAGAAACAUGGAAAUAUGUACAGAACUUAUGGGACCAGAGUGAUCCCAGUUUUUGUAUUGUCAUUGGCCGAUGUUGAUGCUGAACUUCUCAUGGAAGAGGAAAGUCUUGUUUGGACAAGUAAGGAUGUUGUUAUUGUGCUUGAGCAUAAGAAUGAAAAGAUUCCUCUAAGCUAUGUGUCAGAAACGACUACGCAGCUUGCUCUUCCAUCUCUCGCACAGCGCCACAUCUUGGCUGGUUUGGCUUCCGCAGUUGGAGGUCUUAGUGCACCAUAUGAAAGGGCAUCACGUAUUCAUGAAAGACCUAUAGUGAACUGGCUGUGGGCUGCAGGCUGCCAUCCUUUUGGACCAUUUUCAAACUCCUCCCAAAUCAGUCAAAUUCUUCAGGAUGUAGCACUGAGAACUACAAUUUAUGCUCAAGUUGAUGCUGCUCUUCGCAAAAUAAGGGACACAUCAGAGGUUGUUCAAUCUUUUGCAUCAGAGCAUCUUAAGACACCAUUAGGAGAACCUGUGAAAGGUAAUAAAAACAAGUCCACCACUGAGUUAUGGGUAGAGAAAUUCUAUAAGAAGGUAACCACUGUGCCGGAGCCUUUCCCCCAUGAUCUUGUUGAACGGUUAGAAGAGUACCUGGAUAAACUUGAAGAGCAACUUGUGGACUUGUCUUCCUUACUGUAUGACCACCGUCUCGCGGAUGCGUAUAAAAACAGUACUGACAUCCUGCAGAGCACUAUAUUUACACAACAGUACAUUGAACGUGUUCUGAUGAAUGAGAGAGACAGGAUGAAAUGCUGUAGCAUUGAAUAUAGUCAUCCAAAACAGACAUCCCAGGCUUUUGUAUAUGGAGGGAUCCUUCUGGCUGGAUUUCUUGUGUAUUCACUGGUUAUAUUCUUCUCUUCGCCAGUUCGCUAAUUGGUGUCCAGUUAAAGAAGUUGUGGGUUCUCUUUGGUGACUAGAGAUAGUCGAUGAUCAUUAGUUAAACCUACGCCUGAUGGUAGGCUAGGUUUGUCUUGGGCUGUCAAGACUGUCAAUCUGCAUGAGGGAAUGGUCUGAAUCGCAUUGGAUACAGAAGAGCCCUGGCACAGUUUUGACUUUUGAGUACUAUAUUUUUACACAACCAGUUAGCCAGCCCAAUGUAUGUAACUGACUGACAUUUAUUCGUGAUAAUCAAUAGUGGAUUUCACCUAAGAGCUGGUGCAGGCUAUGUAAUGGUUUAGCCCUCAUUUGCAUCUUGUUAGUGCACAAGAUAGUGCUGACAGAAAACCAAUUUGUUAAUGAAACCCCCAGCUACAUGAAGACCA